UGGACUUAGCAGGAGGUAGACAGAGAGCAGGGCAAAAGGCAUCUGGGAUCCAAGGAAAGCCACUGGAAAUGAGGAGUCUCCCAGUUCUGCUGCUGUGUGUGGCAGUUUGCUCAGCCUAUCCACUGAAUGGAGCUUCAAGAGGCGCAGACACCAGCAUGGAGCUUCUUCAGCAAUACCUAGAAAAAUAUUACAACCUUGCAAACGAUGGGAAACAAUUUGUUAGAAGAAAGGACAGUAGUCCUGUUGUUAAAAAAAUCCAAGAAAUGCAGAAGUUCCUUGGACUGGAAGUGACAGGAAAGCUGGACUCUAACACAUUGGAAGUGAUCAACAAGCCCAGAUGUGGAGUCCCUGACGUUGGUCACUUCAAUACAUUUCCUGGCAUGCCAAAGUGGGGGAAAAACCACCUUACUUACAGAAUCGUGAAUUACACCCCGGAUUUGCCAAGAGAUGCUGUUGAUUCUGCCAUUGAGAAAGCUCUGAAAGUCUGGGAGGAGGUGACUCCACUCACAUUCUCCAGGAUGCAUGAAGGAGAGGCUGACAUAAUGAUCUCAUUUGCAGUUAGAGAACAUGGAGACUUUAUCCCUUUUGAUGGACCUGGACAAGUUUUGGCUCAUGCCUAUGCACCUGGGCCAGGGAUUAAUGGUGAUGCUCACUUCGAUGACGAUGAGCAAUGGACGAAGGAUACAGCAGUAGGGACCAAUUUAUUCCUGGUUGCUGCUCAUGAACUUGGCCACUCCCUGGGUCUCUUUCAUUCGGCCAACCCCGAAGCCUUGAUGUAUCCAGUCUACAAAUCCUUCACAGACCUGGCCCGCUUCCGCCUUUCUCAAGAUGAUGUGGAUGGCAUUCAGUCCCUCUAUGGACCUGCCACUGACCCCCCUCGGAAUCCCCUGGAGCCCACAAAGUCUAGCUCACCAGAGUCUGGGCUAGGCUCACCACCAACCAUGUGUGAUCCUGCUUUGUCCUUUGACGCAGUCAGCACCCUCAGGGGAGAAAUCCUAUUCUUUAAAGACAGGCAUUUUUGGCGCAAAUCUCUCAGGGCCCUGGAACCUGAGUUUCAUCUGAUCUCUUCGUUUUGGCCAUUCCUUCCUUCAAGUGUGGAUGCUGCAUGUGAAGUUACUAGCAAGGAUACUGUUUUCAUUUUUAAAGGAAACCAGUUCUGGGCCAUCAGAGGACAAGCAGUAGAAGCUGGUUACCCACGAAGCAUCUAUACACUGGGUUUCCCCCCAACAGUAAGGAAAAUUGAUGCAGCCAUUUCUGAUAAAGAAAAGAAGAAAACUUACUUCUUUGUAGAGGGUGAAUACUGGAGAUUUGAUGAGAAGAGCCAAUCAAUGGAGCCAGGCUUUCCCAGGCAGGUGGCUGAAGACUUUCCAGGGGUGGACUCAAAGGUUGACGCUGUUUUUGAAGCAUUUGGGUUUUUCUAUUUCUUCAGUGGAUCUUCACAGUUGGAGUUUGAUCCAAAUGCAAAGAAAGUGACACACAUCUUGAAGAGUAACAGCUGGUUUAAUUGUUAGGAGAGAGAAGGAGAAGGCACAACAUGGGCAUUUUAAAUAGAGCUAUCAAUUCUUCGUCUGCAUUUGUGAAUUGAAGUGGUUCGUUUUCUCCUGCAAGUACUAGGACAGAACUCAAGUAUGAGCUCUGUUUCUUGUCAGUCAUCUUCACCUUACAGGGCAUUCAAAAGGACUGCUGCUUAUCUUGCACUUUGGCACAUGGGCUGAUCUUUCACAAGAGAAAGGGAAGUGUUCAUGGGCAACAGACAAGUGAUUGUAUCUAUAUAAACUAUUUGCUUGUUAUUUAAUAAAUAUAAUUUGUCACUUA